GAGAGAGAGAGAGAGUGGGGGGAGAGAGAGCAGUCCUCAGCAGCUCCCGUCUCUCCAGCAGCAGACGCACAAUGCUCGUUAAUAGGCUCCAGAUGCCUUCACAGAAGACGCGCGUCAGCCGGCUGCCUCUCCUCUCCUCUCCCGAGCCGGCACAGAUGUGAAUCUACCCUCCCGCCAUCGACGCAAACACAAGAUUAUGGGGCUGCAUGCCAUUUCGGAACACGUGGGAAGCCUUUUUUGAGAGGCUGGCGGCUGCGCGCCCGUCCUCCGUGUGAUGGAGGAGCGCGCCGGCGGUGCUGCAUCGGUGGAAAUGAGUGAGAGGUGCGGAGGAGAUAAUCAAUGAAGACACCGAGGGCUCCUGUGGACAAGGUCAGAGUCUAGCCUGGAUGAGAUUAUGUCCGUGCGCGGACGGCAAGGACGGACUUUUACGCUUCCCCUCGGGGGGACGAGGUCGCCCGGGGAUGUCCCCUGAUGAAAAACCCAAGAGUUUCUCUCCGUGUGUCGGAUCGCAGAGGCGGCGAGCACCUCCUCCGCCAGCAGGACCGCAGGCUGAGCUUUAAUGCCUUGGAGAUAAAGUUUUUUUCCCCCCCUUCUCUCUCUGAUGAAUCACCCGGCCGUCGGUCGGUUUAAUCGCACGCAGCUCGAGUUGAUUUAGAAGAAAAGCAGCUGGAGGUUUUGGAAAUUCCAGCGGAGCGGCGGCGGCAGCAGCGGCGGCGGCGGCGGGGGACACGCAGCGGCGGCCAGCUGUGCCUCUGGACGGUCACAUCUGUCUGUUGUUGUCGUCGCUGUCCAUGGUGCUGAACUCGUGCUCCAGGAAUGGUGGAGACGCUGAGUAUCGCAGUCAUCGGCGCUCCCGGAGUGGGGAAAACUUCUAUAAUCCGCCAGUUCAUCUAUAACGACUUCUCGGAGGUGUACACGCCGACCAGGACCAGAUAUGUGUACAGACCCUCCGUCAUCCUGAACGGGAACAUGUAUGAGCUGAAGGUUUUGGACGUCCCGCCAAUCUCGUCCUUCCCGUCGAGCUCCAGUCAGGAGUGGCUGGAUUUACGCUGCAGAGGCGUCCGCAAUGCAAACGCCUACAUCCUGGUGUACGACAUCUGCUGCGUGGAGAGCUUUGAAUACGUCAAGAUGAUCAGGCAGCAGAUAGUGGAGCACAGGGAAGGCAGCAGCAGCGAGGUGCCAAUCCUGGUGGUGGGCAACAAGAGAGAUCUGCAGCGACAGCGCUUCAUGCCUCGCAGGGCCGUGUCAGUCCUGGUGAAGAAGACGUGGAAGUGCGGUUAUGUUGAGUGCUCUGCCAAGUUUAACUGGCACGUCGUCCUGCUCUUCAAAGAGCUGCUGGGCAUCGCCGUGGCACGUGGCAUGCGCCAGAAUCACACCUCAAUCCGUCUGCAGGGGGCGCUACAGAGGAAUCGCUGCACCAUCAUGUGACCCAGAGAGCUCCCUCCACCCCUCUCACCUCAGGAGCAGAGCGGCAGUGGAGAAAAAGGACUUUUUAUCUAAAUGGCUGGAAAAUAUACCCCGUGGCCUCCUGCUUUACUGAGCUGAUUUUUCAUAAUGAGGUUUAUUAGACUCUUGCGCUGUAAAAGACACUAAAAAAAAAAAAAAACGUUCACACAAGGUCAUCCAACCACUUCCUAGUCCAAUUCUACCAAAUGUUUAGAUGCAAGGAGGGAGGUAGACGAAGAGAAAGAAGCGGGUGAAAACACAAUGAGCAUAGCACAGUUAUUUUUUUCCUCUCAUCGACUAGACAGGUGCACGUCUGAGGCUGUGCUUCCCAAACUACACAGCAGCAGCAGCAGCAGCAGCAGCAGCAGGUCUUACUGAGGGUCGUGUCGUGGCUGCAGCCGGGCCUGACGGGACGGAAGCCGUGAUUGUGAGACUCCGAACGGAGAGGCAGCAAUACCAUCGAGUCUUCCUUUUGAAUUUGUCAUAUUCAGUAAGACGCUCAUAUCAGACCCAUUUGGAUUUCUUUGAGGGUUUGCAGUUCAUGGUUAAAUGGAACGACAGAAUAACAAAGAGCUAAUGCUUGACGUCUGGGGAGGUUUUCUUGAAAUGUACAGAUAUGGUGAGAUAGUGUUUGAGUUUAGACUCUGAGGAGUAGCCUGCAUUUUGAUUUUCUCUUCCCGGUCCCUGUUUUGAACUCGGCCUAUGUUGAGAGCUGUUUGUUCAGACAAAGGGUGUUUUAAGGUUGUCUUGCAGCAGAAAAUACUGCAGUCCUUAUCGUGAUGUACUGUAGGGCUUUAAUCUGCUCCCUCCCCUCACUCAGUGUCUGUUUCCGAUGAAUACAUUAAAUCCAGGGAACUGGGGACCUGCAGGAGGCUGCAGAGCCUGAAACGAGAACCUGUGCAUGCAAUGUAGAUGUUUGUGUGUGUGUGUGUGUGUGUGUGUGUUUGUCUGUGUGUGUGUGUUUGUGUGUGUGUGUGUGUGUGUGAGAGAGAGAGAGAGAGAGAGGCAGAGGGAGCAAGAGAGAGGCAGGUUUGAUCGCUGACAUUCAGACAAGCAAAGGACACCCACCACAAAAAAGAUAAGAGACAGAUGUUGAAGCUUUGGAUUAGGAAGGAGCAAUAAAAUCCCACAGGGACGUCCUGACCGACUCAACGUACCACCGCAUUGUAUUACAAAUAGAUUUAAUCUACUCUCGCUCAGAUAUUCUGCAGAAAUAAUGACGCAGGCCUCGAUGACUUCCACAAAAACAGCCCAUGAGUGCAUCACAGACACGCAGGGAAUCCUAAUAAAGCUUUCAUAUCAGUAUCUCAAUAGUAUCUAAUUGGUAAUGUUGUGAGAUUAACAGUUGCUUUUUCAUUUGAUUAGGCCUAGCUCGGUAGUUUGUGAAUAUGGCAGACCUACUGUAUAUAAGAGUGAUUCAUAGAGUUAUUGACUUGCAUGCUUUUGUUGGUAGAGCCAACGGGUCAGGGUUUAAUUGCACUGAUGUUUAAAUUUGAUAUCGUGUUUAAUUUUUUGUAUUACAUGGUUUUUCUGAGCAGCUGAGUGGAGUGAAUGUGGUCGUUUUUCACUGGCAUGUAAGAGCACAAGCUCACGAUUCCCUCCACGAUGUAGUGUUGAACCCCUUCGAUCAGGGCAGAUGGCUGCGUGUAGACCUUUUUUUGUUUUGUUUUGUUUUCUAGGAGAGAAAAAAAAAGAGAAAUAUGUAGCAGAGAUACACUAGAAAGCAACUGUGUGUAGCAUGAGUUCUCAUCAGUCUGUCUGCUGCGCGUUUCCAAAUAAAAAGGGCUACAGUUUUUUAUCAGAAACGUUACUUGUAUUUAUUUUUACUGUGUUAGUACUGUGAGUAAUGUUUGUUUUUAUUUUGACACAUGACGAAUUAUUAAAUGCAUUUGA